UGAUGUACUUUUCGAACAUUAUUUGGGUAACCUUUAUCUCGGCAAAAUAAUGUUGAGGGCUAUUUUCAUGUGCUUGGCUACUGCGGUAUCCAUCGCCAUUGGUUGUGAUGUACCAACAACACAUUACACAACCAUGAAAUGUACUCCGAUCGGAGCCAAUGGCUCAGGCUGUCCGACAAGGUUUGAUUGCCCGAGUUUGACCCAGCAUGACAACUCCAAGUGCUAUUUCAACGGUAAAACCUAUGCCCUGAAUGAACAGGUUCCGAACGAGCUGGUGUACCCGUUUUGUUCGGCUUUGUGCUACUGUCGAAGUGGUUCCCCGUUUGCUCAAUUUCGAUGCACGCAUGUAGAUUGUGCUGAGUUCUUCCAGCGUUUUGAUUUUGAAAAUUGUAUUCGUACCUACAAACCAAAUAGCUGCUGUUCAGCGGGUUCGGUAUGCGGCGAUGAUAAGAAGAAGCUUGCCGAAUGCGCGAUCAAAGACGAAAUAUACCUGGCUGGUCAACGAAUGUAUCCCACUUCUAACAAAUGUCUAGCCUGUAUCUGCCAUAAAGGGUUCAAUGAGUCAAAUAUCGCAAAUGAUCCCAACUGCUACGAGUCCGUUUGUGGUUUUGAGCUGUUUUAUUCUAAGCAUGUAUACAACGGAGGGAUUCCAGUGUAUUAUGAAGACCGUUGCUGUCCCUGGGAAUGGAGGAUGCCAAAGGAUUCGGACCGGUUGGUUGAGAUUGCUGCAAAUAAAGAAGGGAAAGAUUCUGCUUCGCAGUGUAGAUAUGGCAAGCUAACACUGAACGUUGGUGACUCGUUGGUACCUGAGGUUACGGAUCAAUAUACCUACAAGUGUUCAUGCCAGAUCCCACCGUUGGCGCAGUGUACGAUGACGAAAAAUAAGAAGGAUUGAAUCAAACUGAAAAUAAUGAUGGGUUAAUAAACAAUUUUAUGAAUAAU